AUGCCUGGGCGGAGCGGACUGGGGCGGGUGUGUGUGCGCCCUAAGCUGCGUGUAUCGCAUCCUACUGCGCCUGUGCGCUGCGGAGCGAGCGCGUUUACGACCCAGAGCGCCAACGCGCGGAAUUCGACGACGCGGCCUGCCGGUCGCGUGCCGCCGACAAGCACCUCGGCCGCGUACCAGCGGCAGCGCCGCACCGAGUGGCUCCUGGUUGGCGUCGCAGGCUCUGCUGCAGCGUUUGGAGGCUGGUACUACUGGGCAAAUAUCCGUACACGCCACAUGCCCGACGACGCGCGGCCCUACUCGACGCCGGCGCGCCCGUCGACCUUUUCGAUUCCUGCACGGGUACGUGGCCCGAACGAUCCCGCGUACAAGGUCAUUACGCCGCUGACGCCGGAGGAGGUCGAUUCGCGCCUGCGUGCGAAUGAGCGCAGCACGUCGGUCGACCGCCCGGCCGGCGCGUGCCUUGUGGCGCGCUACGACACGAACUGCGUGCCGAGCAACGACCCGGUCGAGGACCGCCACGCGGAAGUCAUCGUCGAGCGCGACCGCGGGAUCAGCGAGCAGGGCCCGCGCGGUGACCUGUGCUUCUUUACGGUGAUGGACGGCCACGGCGGCCACUAUACCUCCCAGCUUCUUUCGCAGAAGCUCAUUGCGUUUGUCGCACUCGAGCUCGACAAGGUCUUUCGCGAGACGGGCGAGUACGCCAAGAUGGGGCGCGCCGACAUGUCGAUUUCUUCGUCGGUGUGGCGCACGCUCUUUGGCGGCGACCGCCAAAAGAAUGCACACCAGCUCGCGGCCUAUGCGCUGGACGGCAACCCCGAGAUUGUGAAGCGCGCCUUUGUCAAGGGCUUCCGCGGCCUCGACAAGGAGAUUACCAACACGCCGCUCGAGCUGCUCAAACAGUACGAGCUGAGUCUCGCCGCGGCCUCUUCGCAAGGCACCGCGCCGAGCGCGUCCGACUCGAAGAACUCCCUCUCGUCGCUCGCCCACUCGAUCUGGCCGUCGACGGUGACCGGCGCGCCGCACGCUGCGCCGUUCUUUAGCGCGUCGCAGACGUCCGCUCGCGAGGCGCUCCUGCCGGCGCUCAGCGGAAGCUGUGCCCAGAUGGUGUACAUUGACAGCGCCCGCCGCGACCUGUACGUCGCCACGACCGGCGACUCGCGCGCCGUCGCGGGGUACUGGGACGAGCGCGCUGGGCGCUGGGAGGUCGAGGCGCUCUCCAUCGACCAGACCGGCCGCAACCCCGACGAGGUGCGCCGCAUCCAGCGCGAGCACCCCGCCGACGAGCAGCAGUCGGUCAUCCAGCGGGGACGUGUGCUGGGCGGCCUCGAGCCGACGCGCGCCUUUGGCGACGGCCGCUACAAGUGGGACCGCAACACGCAGGCGCGCCUCAUCGAGGCGUUCCUGCCGAACCGCCAAAGCGCGCGUGGGCCGCCCAAGGCACUCCAGACGCCGCCCUACGUCACCGCCGAGCCGGUCGUCGAGUGGCGCAAGAUCCCGAUCGGGCACGAAGAGCACGCGCAGCCGGACUCGCUCGUCGCCGCCGCCUCCGAGGGCCUUACGUCGCUCUCGGGCAGCACCUCGACGCGCGAGCUGCGCUUCAUCAUCAUGGCGACCGACGGGCUCUGGGACCUGAUGUCGAACCAGGAGGCAGUCGGCCUCGUGGCCGGCCACCUCGCCGGGAUCCGCGGCGAGGUGCGUGCCGCGGACCUGCAGCAGCAGUGCUUUUCGCCGUCCAAGAGCGCGCCCGCACUCGCUGCCAAGGCGGCGGCGUCCGACGAGAAGGCCACGCCCUCGUCCGAGCACGGGCCACACCACCCCCUGCUGCGCACGCCGAACCACCUGCAAAAGUUCUCGUUCCAAGACGACAAUCUGAGCACGCACUUGGUGCGCAAUGCGCUCGGCGGCGCCGCGCGCGAGCGCGUCGCCGGCCUGCUCGCCAUCCCCAGCCCCGAGUCGAGGCGGUACCGCGACGAUAUCACUGUCAAUGUCAUCCUCUUCAACACCCCCAAACCGAAAGCCAGCCGCGACGAGGCGUCGGCGCACGCGCCGCGGGCCGCCAAAUUGUAG